AUGUUCCUGAGACCAAAGAGUUCAGUGCUAGGCGCACUGGGGUCUCUAUUGACAGUAUGCUUAAUGUACCACAUUUUGAAUUUAAGUAUCACCGAACAGUAUACCCGGUAUUUAGAUUCAACAGAGAUCACAAAUUACACAUUAUUAGAAAAUUUAUUAAGGCCAACAGACACUCUCGUUGCUCCGACUUCAAUGUCAGAUAUUCACCUUUCAUUACAACAACUAAAGCGAUUAACAAUCUUAUCUAAACAACAAACAACAGCGAUCGUUAUCAAAUACCAAUCAACAGAAAUAUUACAACUACAAUUAGACGCUAUUUCGAAGCAGCAAAACUUCUUGACCCCUCAAAAUAUUCAUAUAGUUUGUGAGAGUGAAAAGGAAAAAGAAGAAAUAGAUGGAUAUAGUGUUACGGUGAAUGGAAACAAGAACUGGUUCAAUCAUAUCAAACCAGACGUGAAGUCUGAUUUUUAUAUCGUUAUUGACAACGGUGUGAUCCCGGGCCACGGGUAUUUCAACUUUGUUCUCGGCCUUUUAAAUACACCAUUAUUUCAUCAUUCUCUUCUUGGCACAGAGCAAGAAUUCACAAAUAUUUGCCAACAGGACCAAGCAUACAGUGUUACAUCGAUUUCUGAUAUUUGGGUGUUAAGACGUGAAUGGUUCAACACACUGGUCUCACAAGAAUCAGACAACAUCAGUGAUGUGCUAUCUUUACCUUCGAUACUUUUACCGACAAGUGAUAGUGAUUAUCAAUUAAAGGGUAACACAGAAAACGCAUGUAUUAAUGUCGACGGCGGUAUAUUGUUUUACAAAGAUAAACAAUCGGAUGCAUUGGAUGAAAUGAUCUGUAACUUUGCAGCAAAGAAUCUAGUCCAUUUGGUGUCAACUAAUGGUAUCUCGUGUCAUCAUGAUGCGGUAAUUAUUCAUCAUGAUACCCAGGAUUCGGAUAGAUUAGUGAGCAAGAUAUCACCACGCGUUGUCAUUUAUGAAGAGGCACAUGAUAUGCCUACUUUUGAAAAUACAACUGUCAUUGCAUUGCCCACAAAGGACAUCCCGUUUGUAUCUCCUUGGAUCACUGAUUUAUCGGUUGCUACAUUAGAACAAUGGCACACACCGCAAAUCAACUUGAUUGUGGAAGUAGGAGGUAAAAGAUCAGACAAGGCAAAGAAACUCUUUAGUGGGCUGAAAAAAGCACAUUAUAUGGGAGAUAGAGUGGAUUUAUCUAUUGUGAUGGACGAAAAGAGCGACGAAAAGACCAUCAAGACCGUUAAUGGGUUCGAAUGGAAGAAGGGAGUCAAGAAUAUUCGACACCGUAUUUCUGGAGUACAUCCGAUGCAAAUAUUUGCAGAGGCCUGGUACCCUUCGAAUGACCAUGAGUAUGCAGUCAUGUUAGAUGACCGUAUUGAAUUAUCCAAUUCCUUCUAUAUCUGGCUUAAAUACAAUGUAUUGAAAUACCGAUACCAACAACAAACAUCAUCAUCAUUGUUAUUUGGUAUCAGUCUGUAUUCACCACGUAUUAUAGAUACCGAUCCAUCCGGACGCCAAUUAUUAAUACCCGCAAAAGAACAUUCCCCUUAUUUAAUGCAAGCUCCAUGCAGUUUUGGUGGAGCGUUGUAUUUCCCAGAACACUGGAGAGAAUUUCAUGAUUAUAUUUCAGCAAGAUUAACUGAUCAAGCCACAGUGAAAAGAGGAUCUGGUAAACUACAUUUAUUCAAGGAUUCAUUAUUGACUGUAGCGAAAUCCAACAAGUGGUUAAGCUCAUGGCGCAAAUAUUUUGACGAAAUGAUUUAUAUGCGUGGAUAUGUCAUGUUAUAUCCAUCAUUUGGGUCAAGUUAUUCAACUGUUACAUCCAUCACCCGAAACAAGAAAAAGCAAGGGCUUUAUGAAUUAGCAGAAAAACUAUACAAUGUGCCUUCCACUGACAUUGUGCGGGAACUACCUGAUUUGGAGUUUUUACCAGUAUUAGAUUUACAUGGAAAACAAGUGGAUAAAACAGUAUUAACUCAACGUGGUCAUCAAUUACAGCAAAAGUUUAGUGCUUGCGCACCAAAUAAGAACAAUAAACAUGAUCCAUCGGAUAUGUUAUGUCCUUUUAAUCAAUUGGUUCAAGUGCCAAUUGAUCAAACCUCAGUUCCAACAACCACAAUUUAUGUUGGCUGA